GCGAGAGUUUGGGUGAUGGUGGUUGGGAGACGGUAAGAGAAAGGGGCGGGGCCAGAUGGACCUAACGUGGACGGGGAUGAGAGACGGUCAGAGAGCGGGAGCGCGCGCGAGCAGGCUGGUUGUGACGUCACGAAUCUUCCUGAAAGUCAACAACUCAAUCGGCGGUGGGAGAGGAAAGAGAGAUAGAAAAGAGAGAGAUAGAAAGAAGGGAGGCUCGGCGACGGCUGGCAGGGGAUGAGAGCUCCAUCGCGUUUUGCUUGCUUUUGGCUGAGUCACUGCUGAGGAGUGGGAAGGUCUGAAGAGUGUGAGAGAGAAGUGCCAGAAGGAGGGGGAUAGCCUGCUCCAUAACAGCUUCCACAGGAGAAGGAGCGCAAGAGAGAGAGACACGACAAGCAAAGCGACAUAGAGAGAGAGAGAGAGGGAGAAAGAGAGGGAGAGCACCAGGCAGAGAGGGAGAGCUACGCUGACCCCUCCUCUCCCCUCUUCCUCUCCUCUCCUACACCGCCCACCCCCCACCUCCUCCCUCCUCACUCGUUCUGGAGCUGGCGUGUUGGAGUGGAGAGCACACCGUGACGGAGGCAUCAUGAGCGAUGUCACCAUCGUCAAAGAAGGCUGGGUGCAGAAGAGGGGUGAAUAUAUCAAGAACUGGAGACCACGCUACUUUCUACUGAAAACUGAUGGAUCCUUUAUUGGGUACAAAGAGAAGCCACAGGAUGCAGACCUCCCCUAUCCUCUCAAUAACUUCUCUGUUGCUAAAUGCCAGCUGAUGAAAACCGAACGGCCAAAGCCGAACACGUUCAUUAUCAGAUGUCUACAGUGGACCACAGUUAUUGAAAGGACUUUCCACGUGGACACUCCAGAGGAAAGGGAUGAGUGGACAGAAGCAAUCCAGAUGGUGGCUGAUAAACUCCAAAGACAGGAAGAGGAGCGGAUCCAGUGCAGUCCCACCUCACAGAUAGACAACAUCGGCGAGGAAGAGAUGGACAUCUCCAUCAGUCACCACAAACGCAAGACAAUGAAUGACUUUGACUAUUUAAAACUACUGGGAAAAGGCACUUUCGGUAAAGUCAUUCUUGUAAGGGAGAAGGCCAGCGGGAAAUACUACGCAAUGAAGAUUUUGAAGAAAGAAGUUAUUAUCGCAAAGGACGAAGUGGCUCACACUCUCACUGAGAGCAGAGUGCUGAAAAACACCAGACACCCUUUCUUAACUUCUUUGAAGUACUCAUUCCAGACAAAAGACCGCCUCUGCUUCGUGAUGGAGUACGUCAAUGGAGGCGAGCUGUUUUUCCAUUUGUCGAGAGAACGGGUGUUCUCAGAGGACCGCACGCGCUUCUAUGGCGCCGAGAUUGUCUCUGCCCUCGACUACCUGCACUCCACCAAGAUAGUGUACCGGGAUCUCAAGUUGGAGAAUCUCAUGCUUGAUAAGGAUGGCCACAUUAAAAUCACAGACUUUGGUCUGUGUAAAGAAGGAAUCACCGAUGCUGCAACGAUGAAGACGUUCUGUGGAACGCCAGAGUACCUGGCACCUGAGGUACUGGAGGAUAACGAUUAUGGCCGAGCAGUAGACUGGUGGGGUUUGGGUGUGGUGAUGUAUGAAAUGAUGUGUGGCAGGCUGCCCUUCUACAACCAGGACCAUGAGAAGCUUUUCGAGCUCAUCCUUAUGGAGGACAUCAAGUUCCCCAGGACGCUGUCAGCUGAUGCCAAGUCUCUGCUGUCAGGCCUGCUAAUCAAAGACCCUAACAAGAGACUUGGGGGAGGGCCGGAUGAUGCUAAAGAAAUAAUGCGACACAGUUUUUUUGCAGCAGUCGACUGGCAAGAUGUUUAUGAUAAAAAGCUGAUACCUCCCUUCAAGCCUCAGGUGUCGUCAGAGACGGAUACCAGAUAUUUUGACGAGGAGUUCACGGCACAGACGAUUACAAUAACUCCCCCUGAAAAAUUUGAUGAAGACGGGAUGGACUGCAUGGAUAACGAGCGGCGGCCGCAUUUCCCUCAGUUCUCCUACUCGGCCAGCGGGAGAGAGUGAGUCCCACACAGCCAGCACUGCCUCAUCAUCAUCACGCUUUACCACUGGAACAGACUAGUCCUACAGCUUUUACCCAGUCAGACUUAGCCCAAACAAAGCUUCCCUUCUCCACUGGGACUCUCUUCAUCAUCCUUCACACAGGCCAAGAGCUCCAGGACACGCUUGGCUUUUAAUGCUAAUGGGAAUUUUGCACGUCGGGCUGAGCUGAAAUCCAGUCCGCUUAAAUGCCCCAGACUGCUGGGGAGAAGAACUGUGGUGUUUGUUUACUUUCGUGUGUUUAGUUGUGUGUGUUUUUUUUUUUGUUCCUGCAUUGAGAUGCUUAAAUAUGUUCACAUGAUUGGGCGCGAAAGUGAAAAAGCACUGAAACUGCGGAGCACCUUUCUAUUUUCAGUCCAUCCCCCUGUGUGGCUUAAGAUUCACAUGAUGUACAUUCUUUUGAGCGCUGCGUGUCGUGUGAUUGUCUGAUAUGAAGUACAACCGAAUGCCUCCGUUCUUGUGGUGUCCAAAAACUGCCAUAGCAGUAUACUCAGGCUGCACAGGUGUUGAGUUGGGAAAACAUGCUUCACUGAAGAUUCUCACGGGCAAGGCCACUCGCAUCACUAGCACUCACGUUUAAUGCCCAGACAGCACUCAGCACACACACACACACACACACACACACACUGUGUUCAUGGCAGUAAUGGGUGUCAGGAUCUGCUGUGUUCCUCAGCUAGCAUUUCAGUAUCACUGUGGCACUGGAGUACUUUUCAUUCUUUUACUUACUCAGCAAACGGGUUGAGAAAAAAAACACGAUAAGGGGAGUGGGGAAUGGGGUGGGGGUUUCUUAGUUUUAGAUGUUAUGAGCUGAAUAGUCCUGUGAAUCUGAGCCAUACAGCACCGUACCUCCUGAUCCUUCAGGUACGCUUAUCUACUGGGAUCAGCAACGCCUCGAAUCAGAACAAUGUGUUCCCGUAUGGUGUCGAUCGCUUUUGCUUUGCCCGGGAUUUCCUCCUUCACGGGUCAUUCCUGUUUUUCCGUCCGACGGUCACAUGACUGACUGCGUGAGUAAAGUGAGUUGCGAUCGUCAGUUCUCCAUGGUACGUUCAGCACACGGGUUCUCAAAGUUCUCCUAAUUUGUCUGAGACGAAAAAUAAAUAACACAGCGGCUCAAGUGAAGCUCACGUGUCCUGACAGCAUGUAGAUGCACUGUAGUGUGUCCUGUUGUGUUAAGGAACAGAGUUAGAUAUCUAGAAAAGAACGGCUUUAGAAUGUAAAUCGAGCGAUGCACAGGUAGGCCUUUUGUUUCGAUUAGCAUUUUUUUUUUUUCCUAACAUGUCGCAGUGAAGACGGCAUUGAGAAGCCCGUUCACAUGCUUUUUCUGUGCAAGGUGAGUUUUUGUAGUAAAAGCAAAAGCAACAACCACAAAACCACCACAGAAUUCCGUUCAAGAAAUAUAAAUAACACGGCACAGCACCGAGAAGCCCUAGCUAGUGACACUUCAAUCCCCUGUGUGGCUUUUCAUCCCUCUCUUACCUCUCAUCGGUCUUUGUUAAAUACAAGGGGGAUCAAAAAGUUUUGAGACUGGCCCUGUUUACAAGAAAGUACUUUAUUUAUCUAUGCUUGCACACUUUCACACUUUUUUAUGUUUACGUCACCUUCAAAAUAGUCCCCUUGCACAGCAAUACAGCGCUCCCGGCGUUCCUGCCACUUCUGAAAUGUGUCCCAGAAGUGUUCUUUUUUUGCGAUACGCCCUGGAUUCUCACAGUGGUGUCAAAACGGCGAACCUUUGAGCCGAAUUUUCAUCUUCAGGAAGUGGGCGAAGUCUGUAAGAUUCAAAAUCUGGCGAAUAGGGUGGGUGCUGAAGUGAGAUCACGUUGUUUCCGGCUCACGUGUGAAACUCACGUGUGAGGAGAGUGAACAGUUGUGAUAACGCACAUGGUCAGAAUAGCAUAAGUUGCACAUCUCUCGAUGUAAAAUGUCUUUUGGCACGCUGACUUAGGAAGGUCGGUGCUCCCGGUGACUGCGCGUGCAGCCUUGUGCUGCCAUCUGUUGGCGAGUCACAAAACUAGCCUCGAAACUUUUGAAAUAUCACCUCGUACGCAGGUCUACUUUGUGAUUGGAAUGGUGUUAGAGCAGGUUUUCGGGCUGCGCUUAAUGUCGAAGUAGAGAAGGUAGGCUGGAAGAAUCCGAGUUGGUCAGACCAAAUCUAAGUGUUGUGUGUCUAAUGUUUUUAUGUUUAAAACGUAUAGUACAUUCCUCGAACCUUUAACAGAGUGUUUUUGCCGUGUCUCCUUUUUAUUUUUACGAGCCGGCGGUAUUAGUUUUAUGCUUUGCAUUAAGUCAUUGUGAAGUGCGCGAUAAGGGUAAGUUUGCAAAACUGUAUCAGGUGGAUCAGGUCAGAUAUCACGAGGUGUAGCAAAUCGAAUUGUGUCCGUGUGGGUUUCCUCAGUGUUCCCUUGGUUUCGUCCCUCACUUGAACAUAACAGGAGGUGGAUUAAUGACUCUAAAUUGCCUCUGGGUUUGAACGAGCGUGUGUGUGGCUGUACGUACAAUGCUGCUGGGAAUUAAGAGGAAUUAAGAAGAAGCUCAGCAGUGUUUUAGGUGUAAACGGAAGUGAAUGAGGGGUUUGAGUGGAUGCACUGUUGAUGGUCUUGUAUGGUGAUAAUGAUAAGGAGGAUGAUGAAGAUGGUGUUAUUUAUUUGUUGGUUAUAAAGAAGAGCAAGUUGCGAUGUUGGGCUUGACUGUCGCUCCUCCAUAUGAGGACGUCACGUCAAUAAAACGUGUGUAAAUUCUAGCUGUGGGUGUGUGAGUGCGUGUGUCUCGGAGUUUGUAUGGACCUGUAUACAGAGAUGUCACAUUCCUUUGAUGGUCAUACCAUAGGAAAUGAAAUGCUAUUAAACCUAGAGACUGCACUGAUAACGAACAUGAACUAGUUGCCUUGUUUCUUCCCAGUUGCGGUUCAUUUGGAGAGAAAGCGCUCCCGCUCUUAGUUUACUGCGACGGUAAAACUCGCGUCAGGACCACGCUACUGCAAAUUGCAAGAGCUUCUGUCUUCCAAUAUUUGUUUGAUUUUUUUUGUUUGUUUUCAUUUUCUUUUUUUUGUGAUUUUCGCUGACGAUGCUACCUAGUGAGAGGUGAACGGAGUGGGAUCGUGCUGUUUUUUUGCGUUCAUUUUAAAUUAAUUAUUUAUCAAGUUGAAAAUCGCUCAUUUUGUUGUCUGUUUUUUUUUGUUCUUUUGCUUCUUCUUUAGGUACGUUUAUAGAGUUCUAAGUAAUAGCAAAUCUGAAAAGAAAAAAAAAGUUAAAAUAAGGUGUGCUUUUUUUUUUUUAUGUAUGAUGCAGCUCUUUUUCAGUAUCGAGUUGAAUACGGCUUGUGUCGUCUUUAUAAAUGUGCACGUGUAAAGGGAGUCUUUCGUAUGGCGUGUGUGUGUGUGAGAGAGAGAGAGAGAGAGAGAGAGAGGUGUGUGACACUGUGUGUUGGUUUCUUGCAUGUUUGGGACCUGAGUGCUGAUCCAGUAAAACUGCACUGCACUCUGUUGAAAAGAGGCUUUGGCACUACAGGCCAAAAAAAAAAAAAAUAAUAAAAAACCCACCAUACACCACUUUUUAAAACUCCAUAGUCACAAAACUUGGCUUUAAAUUAUGUAUAACAGCACUUUCAUGUCCAUUUCUCUUUUUCUAUAGUUCAGCUCAAAAAAUGAAACAAAGGUUCCUGCUUUAAGACGGAAAAAAGGACUUGAAAGCACAUGUUCCCUUCACGCGCUCCUUUUUUUUUUUUUUUUUUUUUUAAAUUAGUAAUAGUAACAGAGUUUUGCUUUGUAAAGCGUUACGCUGUGAACGUGGUGAGACACUGCCAGGAGUUUUGCUUUUGGUGCCGACUUUUUCCGGCUCUCGCUCCCCUUCCCCAAGCGUCUCCUGGAGCUUUCUUCGGGAAAAGUCAGUCAUGACCGGGCGAUGCCGCCUCGACUGUUCCCAUCAGGAGCCGUGCUCAACAGCAGAAACCCGGUAUAAAAAGUCUCGCAGUCUUUGAGUCUCAGGCUGCUUGUGCUGCGUCCAGCACGGCUACGGUGGCCUGCUCCGAACGACGGAGUAGCGAAGAACUAGCGUACGCGAAGGAGCCGUGUGAGCUGAUGGGUUCCAUCCUUACUUACUGCAGGGUCUUGAAGAAAUAUUUUACACCUCAACGUACACACUUUGCUGCUACUGUUUGUAUCGUCUACAACAUAAUUUCUUGUUCUCUUGCUCCUGGUAGUGUAUUAUGAACAAGCAUGAAUUGUAAAGUAUUUAUUUAAAAACAAAAAAGAGAAAACCUGCGGGGGUAAAAAAAAACAAACUUGUAAUAAAAUUUUACGGCCAUGUAGCUUUAGAUUUUGUGACAUUUCUUGCCCUUGCUAGCUCUGUCAUUAGAUCCAUGUUAAGAUCUAGACAUGUCGUUGAGUUUUUAUGCAGAAGGGACUUGAUUCUAAAAAAAGACAAAAAAAAAAACAACAAACCGAAAGAACUGUAUUACAGGUUGGGAUAUUUACUGACUAAAAGAGAAUGCUUAUUUCAUGACUAUAUGGCCCACGGCGAUGUGAAAAAAAAAACGCUGAUCUAUGAGAAACCUUUUUUGUACACUGAACAUCCUUAGUAUUUUUACAUGUAAAUGUAUAUGAUAGGGAUGCACAUUAUUUUCCUUCUUACAGACUGCUUAAAUAAAACACUGUCAAUCUGUGCUCA